GAAAUAUCUAUUUGAGACGACCUGAAAGCAUCUUUCCUUUCUCCAUUACCGGAGGCGUAAAGAAACCACACGGGGGAGAAGGGAAUGUGAACAGAUUCCGAUUUCCACAUUCCACCAAAGAACCUGCAAAUCAUAUCUAUAUUUGCAAGUGGUUUGGUGGGUGGUCUCUGUUCUUUAUCAGAUUUUUGGUAACCCGGUUGAGUCUAAGGUUGACUCGCCGUUUACCUACUCUUAAAACCUCUAGACAAUCUUUCUCAGUUGCUUCCUCAAUCAUCAUCUUCUUCCUCAUAAAUCUAGGGUUUAUCUUUUCUUCAACUGGGCAAUCAUGAGUUUCUCAGUUGUGCAGGGUCUCUCUAAGUCUUUGGCUAUGACUGUGCUCUCUGAAAUCGGAGACAAGACCUUUUUUGCUGCUGCGAUCUUGGCUAUGCGCCACCCAAGAAGGCUUGUCUUAUCAGGGUGCCUUGGAGCUUUGAUUGUGAUGACGAUUUUUUCAGUAGUUGUUGGCUGGGCUGCCCCAAAUUUGCUUUCUCGGAAAUGGACUCAUCACAUAACAACCCUGUUGUUUAUUGGAUUUGGGCUUUGGUCUUUAUGGGAAGGAUUCACUGAAGAAGGGGAGUCUGAAGAAUUGUCUGAAGUUGAAGCAAAAUUGGAUGCUGAUUGGAAGGCAAAUUCCGGAACAGAAAAAGCUGAUCCCAAGGAGGAUGAGAACUUGAAAAAGCAAAGGAGGCCAUUUCUGGCACAAUUCUUCUCACCAAUCUUUCUAAAGGCAUUUUCCAUUACUUUCUUUGGCGAAUGGGGUGACAAGAGCCAGCUAGCCACAAUUGGUUUGGCCGCAGAUGAAAACCCAUUGGGUGUGGUCCUUGGUGGUAUUAUAGGACAAGCCUUGUGUACUACGGCAGCUGUUCUUGGGGGAAAAAGCAUGGCUUCUUCAAUAUCUGAGAAAAUGGUUGCUCUCUCAGGUGGAGUUCUUUUCCUUAUCUUCGGUAUCCAGUCCUUUCUAUCAACUGCUGAGUUAUGAUGUUUCGAGUCUUGAUAACUAGACGGUCAAAGUGGAGCAUUGCUGUAGGACAAAGAUUGGAGAAACUCUGGAAACAUUCUCCCAUUCUCUGGUUGCAUUACAUAACAGUCAUUAAAAAGAAUUAAGCUAUCAAAGGCAGCAAUAUUAGAGAGCAAUAAUAUUUUUUAUGGGUUCAAGGGUCUUCUACGCUGUUUUGACACUGUUACAGUGGGUGGGGAAAGAUGAAUUAUUGCUUUUCAUUGUUGUCUCUUCUUGCCUCUUACUUCACUGCAAUUUUCCAACUCAAGUGAGCAUUGUGAAGGCAUUUUUAUUGACCUAAAAGCACGUAUCUGCAAAAAAAUUCAUUCUGCUGC